GGCGGGGCGAUUGGGGUCACGUGAUGCGGGCGUGCAGGCAGCGCGGGCGCUGCUGGGAAUAGAGCGGGAGGGGCGCGCGCGCGCGAGAGGGCGGCGGUUGACGGCGUCACCUCAGAUAUAAUCUUCUGCAAUGAAUAAACGGAAGUUAAAGGAGAGCGGCGGUACAGAUGGGGAAUGCAUCUCGCAGGUGCAAAAAAUGCUACGUGAAAGACUGUGUCACCAUCAUGCUGUGGGAAAAUUGUUUGGGAUGGAUCAGCAAUACAAGCAUCUGCUGGAACUGCUGAAGCAAACUGCAGUUCAUGGAGAAAGUAAUUCUGCCCUCAUUAUUGGACCCCGUGGAUCAGGAAAGACUGCGUUAUUGAAUCGUGUCUUAAAAGACCUCAGAGAAAUGAAGCAAGUGAAAGAGAACCUCUUGGAAGUUCAUCUGAAUGGGCUUUUGCAGACAAAUGAUAAAGUGGCCUUGAAAGAAAUCACCAGGCAGCUGCACCUGGAAAAUGUGGUUGGGGAUAAAGUUUUUGGCAGUUUUGCAGAAAAUCUUGUGUUUCUCCUUGAAGCUUUAAGGAAAGGAGACAGAACCAGCAGCUGCCCAGUCCUGUUUGUGCUGGAUGAAUUUGACUUGUUUGUGCAUCACAAGAACCAGACGCUUCUGUACAACCUGUUUGAUGUAUCCCAGUCAGCACAGACUCCAGUAACCGUUAUUGGACUCACAUGCAGGCAGGAUAUUCUGGAGCUCUUGGAGAAGAGAGUGAAAUCGAGGUUCUCUCACCGACAGAUCUACUUGAUGAAUUCCUUUACUUUUAAGCAGUACAUUAGGAUAUUCAAGGAGCAGCUUUCUCUUCCUGCUGACUUUCCUGACAAGGCUUUUGCACAGAAAUGGAAUAGCAACGUUCAGCUUCUAUCAGAAGACAAAGCUGUUCAAGAUGUACUGCAGAACCUCUUUCACUACAGCAAAGACCUGCGUUCGCUCCAUUUCCUGCUGAUGCUUGCUCUAAGUAAUGUUACUGUUCGUCACCCUCUUAUCACCGCAUCAGAUCUUCAGGAGGCAAGCAAGCAGUACAGGAUGGACUCGAAAGCAAAUAUUGUCCAUGGUUUGUCUGUCCUGGAAAUCUGCCUAAUUAUAGCUAUGAAACACUUAAAUGAGGUUUAUGAAGGAGAGCCAUUUAACUUCCAGAUGGUUUACAAUGAAUUUCAGAAGUUCAUCCAAAGGAAGGCACACUGCAUGUACAACUUCGAAAAGCCCGUCGUUAUGAAGGCAUUUGAACACUUACUGCAGCUGGAAUUAGUGAAGCCCAUAGAAAGGCCGUCGGUGCGUUCUCAGCGAGAGUACCUCUUAAUGGAGCUGCUUUUGGACAACAACCAAAUCAUGGAUGCUUUGCAGGCGUAUCCCAACUGUCCCACAGACGUCAAGCAGUGGGCAGCGUCGUCGCUGAGUUGGUUGUGAACGUCUGGAACCUCACAGCACACUGCAUCAGGACAUGUGGAGCUGAACACCAUGGAGCUGCACCCUGCAGUAGCAGCAACCCUUCUGAGCCACGUGGAACCUCAGCAGAAGGCUGAGCAGCAGUGUGACACAGCACAGAGCAGCACCGCAGCCCUGCCUUCCCUCCCUGCUGAGAGCACACUGACCUACGUCCUGUUUGCUGUAACCUCCAUUAUUUUUGCCAGAGAUGAAGUCCCUGUAGAACAGCACCUUGGGGCUGUACAGACCAAUCUUCCAAGGUAACGUUCACAGUGAGCCCCUAACUGUAACAUUACAGGCUAAUUUCCAAAGCCCUCCAAUGCUCGGUGUGAUAACAAACACGCGGUGAUAAAAACACACAGCACAGCACUGGCUGACAUCAGUUCUGUAAUCCAGAGGUUUAACGCAUUUAUUGUACUCUGUGUAAAGGACCCAAUAAACCUGGUGGAGCAGUACUUCUGAGAAGCACUUUGGCACCUAUCUACCAGUCCAUUUAUAAUUCACAUGUAAGGCAUGACUUCUGAAACUCAAAAAUAACAUUGGAGUUGUGAAAAGCAAUUUCAGUGUUCUUCCCUACGUUUCUGCCAGUCUGCAGCACGGACAGCGGUAUUCGUUACCUCUGAUUUGUCAUUGCAUAUUUAAAUUACACUGUGACUAAAUUAUCCCUGACAUCUGUAAGUGUUUAGCAUCUGAAAAGUGUGGCGGUGGUUUCAGCUGGGGUUGGAGAAGCCCAUGUAUCACAGACAGCAAGCAGUACGCUGAUAAGAUGGCACCAACUUGAAGUAGAGCGAAGAUGCAAAUCUCAAAGCAGAGAGGAAGGAAUUUGGGGUAACUGAGCUUCCUGAGGUGAUCCUGAAACAGAGACACAGAAGCCACUGCAUCCUGUUUAGUGAGACAGAGAACACGCUAGGCAGACCUCGUCACAAACAUAAAUAGGAAAAAGAACUUCUCUUUAAAAUAAAAUAAAAAAAGUCUAAGAUCUCAGAGCUUUCCAGUGUCACAGCUCACAGAAAAUUAAAAAAGUCAUGCUUAAGCUUUCAACUAUUCCUCAGACACAGCAAACCUAAAUAGUAUUCCAUUAAAUAAAUGUAUGAGAUACUCUGGGAAACAGAGGUAAGAGAAAAAGCUUCAAACUAAAACAGGGAGGAAAAGGUCGUUUCAAUAAACAGCACUUUCUUUUUUUUAUACACAACAAGCUAGUACAAGAAAAAGGCUAAAAACACUGCUUUAGGAAUGGCCAUUUACUGUUGGCAUGAAGCAUAGCUUACCCUUUUUAAAUAACACAGUGAAUUUGAAAUACAUCAUUUACAAAACACGGAUCAAUUUAUUAUUCCAAUUUUGUUAGUGUUGUCAAUCUCAUAAUUUAGCAGAGGUGGAACUGAGGUAUACCUUGUUGAGGGAGGUUAAGUAAUACUUGGAAGCCUCUUUGCUAUAUCCCACUUGAUUACUUUUGUUUAUGUACACCGAACAGCAGCACACUAAACAUUCACAAGCUGUGUCAUAUUGGCAUUACAAUAGUCAUCUUUAUAAACAACAGCAAAUGCAAUAAAAACAAGUUACCCUUUUUUUUUCUUUUUUUUUUUUUCUUUUU